UCGAAGAGCACCAAAGGGGAAGGUGACAGAAAUGGAGCAGCCCCCAAGUCUGGGCUUCUUCUUCCUUGCACUCUUGGCUGCCCAGGUGGGCUCUGGUGGCACUCUACGCAGCCGGAUCGUUGGCGGGCACGAAGCCCCACCACACUCUCGACCCUAUGCAGCAGCUCUGAAAGUGGGUGGAUAUUUUAACUGCGGGGGCUUCCUGGUGGCCCCUCAGUGGGUAAUGACCGCAGCUCACUGCAACGGAGACAUCCUUGUCAUUCUGGGAGCUCAUGACCUGAACGCUGUAGAAGAUACCCAGCAAGUGUUCAGGGUUGAAAGCACUCAUGAACAUCCAGACUACAAGAUACAUUAUGGAUUGCCUUACAAUGACAUCCUUCUCCUGAAGCUGGACCGUGAAGCCAAGCUCAACAAGUACGUCCAAGUCAUUCCUUUACCAAAGACCGAAAACGAUCUCCCCAAAGAGACAGAAUGUAUCGUGGCUGGCUGGGGACGCAUCGAUGACCGGCAGGGAGGCUCAUCAAAGCUUUUUGUGACCAACGUCACGCUCCCUGGCCGCAGGAAGUGCCUGCUGUACCUCCCAGAACUCACCGACGGGAUGGUUUGCGCAGGAAGCACCUCCAAGAUCUGCGACGUCAGCAAUGGGGAUUCUGGAAGCGCUCUGCUCUGCAACGGGGCUGCGCAUGGGGUUGUCUCCUUUGGCUUCCAAGUGCCACCAUCGGUUUACACCCGCGUCGCUGCCUACCUUCCUUGGAUCAGAAAGGUUAUGGGAAGAGUCCAGGAAAGGCAAAAACCCCCU